AUGGGGAGGGGCGGGGCAGGGCGGAGCCAGAGCCGAGCGGAGCCGCCUGAGGUCGCAGGUGUUCCGCCUUCCCGAACCUGAGCGCUAGCUCUCCGGGAUUAGCUCCAAGCCACCCGCCCCACAGCUGAGGACCGACUCCUGCGAAAUAAUCGACGCCCGGGGGCUGCGCGCCAGGCUGGCUGGCCCGGGCUCGCGGGUCCUCGGGAGCGCGCGCGCCUGGACGCCGCUGCGGACAAUGCUGCUGUACCUGCAGCUUUUUCGUCUAGUGCCGGAACGCGCGGCAGAGUCUCCUUGGGGGCUGCCUGUGGUGGCCGAUAGCCCGGCUUCCUUAGCGAAGGUGGUGAUGGCAGAACUAGCCAACCUGAAGUUAGAAAACAAGCCAUGGCCUGGAGGGACACACUCUCUCCACUACCACUACCUGGCUCUGUCAGAGCCAGGCCCGGGCCUUCCCCAGUUUCUGGCUAUAGGCUACGUGGACGACCAGCCCUUCAUCCAUUACAACAGUCGUGUGGACAGGGCCAAGCCCCAGGCCCCGUGGAUGGCAACCAUGGACGCCCAGUACUGGGAGACAGAGACCCAGAAGCAGAGAGCCUGGGGAAAGGUGCAGCAGGUGGAGAUGUGGACUGUGAUGGGCUACCACAACCAGAGCAGUGGCAUGCACAGCACUCAGCGGAUGUUCGGCUGUGAGAUCAGGGAAGACGGCCAUACCAGCAGCUUCUGGCAGUUUGGCUUUGAUGGUCAGGACCACCUGUCCCUGGACCUGGAGACUCUGAGCUGGUGUCAGCCAAACCUGCAGCUGUGUGGACCGAGCUGGUGGGAGACAGAGCACUGCUAUGCUGAGUAUGACAAGGCCUACCUGGAAGGCCUCUGCUUCUUUUCCCUGUGCAGGUACCUGGAGCUGGGAGGCCAGAGCCUCACCCGGAAAGAGCCGCCCACAGUGCAGGUGACAAGACACACAGCCCAGGAUGGGGGCAUCACACUGAAAUGCUGGGCCCGGGGCUUCUACCCACGGGACAUCUCACUGAGCUGGUGGCUGGGCGAGGAGGAGCUGGUUCUAGAGACUGAGUAUGUGGAGACACGCCCCAGUGGAGAUGGCACCUACCAGACGUGGGUGGUGGUGUGGGCGGCAGCCAGGAUGGAGGACCGGUACACUUGCCAUGUGCAGCACUCUAGCCUGAACCGUAUGCUCACUGUGGCCUGGGAAGCACCCUCUCAUCCGUGGAUAACCACUGCUGUGCUUAUCUCCACCAUCUUCACCAUCACUUUCUUGCCAAUGGCUGGAGUGUUGCUCUUCAUCAAGCAGUACUCUCAAGAUAGGCGGGGAAGAAAAACAGGGGUGGAAGGCCCUCACAGCUGGACAAGCCCUGUAGGGAGAAAUGCUCUGCUCCCAUCCUGGGGAGGAGCAACUACUCUCGAGCCCCUGUCCCCCAUCUAUGGAAAAGCCCAAGUAUCCCCACCCCAUAGCCAUAUAUUGUCCUGAGGACACCGCGGAUCCCACAGCCAGGGAAGACCACUAGGCCUGACCUUGGAAAGGCCCUGGAGGGGGAGAGGGAAUGGAAGGUGGGGACCCAGGACCCCCACCUCUGCCUAACAGUCAAGGAGUUAUGGGGGCAGCAUCCUGACCCCAUCUGCUGGCAUCUGGAAGAAGUGGCCAAAUGCCUGCCUCUUUGUAUAAGUGUGCUCUUGUGUGUAUGUAUAUUUUCUUUUGUAAAGGUGAUUAAAGUGUUGGGGGUGGUGAGGGUGUGUGGUUCUGGGAGCAUGAGGGGGAGGGGGUCCAUGAUGUACAUGCAGGUGUGUAGGGGGUGAGGGUGUAUGAGGAGGUGUGUGGGGUGAGGGGGUGAGGGUCUGUGUGUGGGUGGUAUCUUUCUGUGGAUGAGGACAAAUUCAGAGGGACAGCUGCCCAGGGGCCCGUUAGGAUGGGAAAUGAUAUGGUCAGAAUUUUCCAUCCUGUCCUUUUGGAUGGUUUGAAGUUUUACAAUAAGGGAAAGAGGAGUUUCACCUUGUCCUGUGGAAAUGCUUGUUAAGAUUCUUGUUAAGGGGGGCGCCUGGGUGGCUCAGUCGUUAAGCGUCUGCCUUCGGCUCAGGUCAUGAUCCCAGGGUCCUGGGAUC